AUGGAGUCUGGACAAUCGCGAAGUCAGAAUUUAUCACCGAUAGAGACCUUGGGUUCUAGGACGCUUUCCCGCGAAACGACAAAUUCCGAAUAUGGAGACCUCGGAGAUCUCCCAGAGGUGUCCGAAGGCGAAAAGUCCACACGAAAUGGAGGGAGCUCCUUCGCAACCGGUCGAUCUCCAGAUCUGAGUCGGACAGUAACACGACGAGAAACCAUAUUGUCGCGGAUCAGGUCACGACCGCCCAUUGGCCAAUUUAACCAUCCUCUCGAGCACCAGAAGACCACCGUUGACGACCUGGUCGAUUUCGACGGACCUGAUGACCCAUACCGACCGGUAAAUUGGGAGAUGAAGAAGAAGGUCAUUGCUACCGCACUUUAUGGCUUCACUACCAUGAGCGCAACAUGGGCCAGCAGCGCCUACAGCCCGGGUACCCUCCAAGUUGCGGAAGAGUUUAAUGUCGGUACCCAAGUAUCGACCUUGGGCACGUCCUUGUUCUUGUUUGGCUUUGGCGUUGGACCGCUGCUCUGGGCGCCAUUAUCAGAGGUCUAUGGCAGGAAAAAUGCCGUGUUGCCCCCAAUGUUUGUCGCAGCCUGCUUUUCUUUCGGCACUGGAGCGGCCAAAGACAUUCAGACCAUCAUGAUCACGAGAUUUUUUGCUGGAUUCUUUGCUUCGGCUCCAGUGACAAACACCGGCGGCGUCCUUAGUGAUUUGUUUUCUUCAUCUGAGAGAGGUAUCGCGAUUGCCACAUAUGCCAUGGCGGUGGUGAUCGGCCCGGUUUUUGGGCCCAUCGUGGGCGCGGCUCUCGUUGUCCAACCGGGCUUACGAUGGAGAUGGACCGAAUACCUCACCGGAAUCAUUCAGCUGCUUAUUCUGGUUCUCGACCUGAUUUUCUUGGAUGAGUCAUAUCCACCAAGAUUGUUGGUGUACAAAGCACGACGUCUGCGUCACCAAAGUGGCAACUGGGCCUUGCAUGCCAAAUUUGAGGAGUGGGAUGUGUCCGUCAAGGAAUUGGCCAGCAAGUUUUUGGUUCGACCUUUCCAGCUGCUGCUGACGCCGAUCUGUUUUUUGAUGGCACUGUACGCCAGCUUCUGUUAUGGCAUCCUCUACAUGCAACUUGGUGCUAUUCCCAUCAUCUUUGCUGAGCACCGUCACUGGAAACCCGUUCCUUCAGAGCUACCUUUCCUAGCGCUUAUGGUUGGUGCCAUGUGUGGUGCCGGCAUCAACAUCUACAACCAAACCGUCUACAACCGCAAAUCUGAAGGGAAAGUGGUCCCGGAAUUGCGUCUACCGCCUAUGAUGUUGGGCUCGGUUCUGUUCAGUUCUGGUUUGUUCGUAACCGGAUGGACGGCGCAUCCAAGAUAUCCGUGGAUUGCCCCCAUCAUCGGCCUAACCAUGGCCGGUCUCGGAUUUUUCACGAUCUUCCAAGCGGCGUUAAAUUACCUGGUCGAUACCUUUCAGCGGUAUGCGGCCAGUGCCGUGGCCGCCAACACAUUUCUUCGAUCAUGUUUUGCGGGAGCGUUCCCCCUUGUGGUGUCUCCUCUGUACCAUAAUGUCGGCAUACCAUGGGGUACCAGUAUUUUCGCUUUCUUUGCCGUGGGGUUAAUCCCCGUGCCAUUUUUCUUCUUCACAUACGGCGAGCAGAUUCGAAAGAGGAGCAAAUGGAGUAGAUUUUAG